UCUUUCUCGCAAAUAAAACACCAACUGCAAACGGCUCGUCAUAGAAUUUGCUAUUCCUUUGUCAAAAAGGCAAAAAUAAUUUAAUAUUACGGCUUGAACUAAACAAAAGCCAACUGUAAAUUGUAUUAAUUAGCGCCAACAUCAGAUCACAAAGAAGAAAUGGCUGUUAACGUGUAUUCCACAAAUGUGACGUCUGAGAAUCUGUCGCGCCAUGACAUGCUGGCCUGGGUGAACGAUUGCCUGCAAUCUCAAUUUUCCAAAAUUGAGGAACUGUGCACGGGUGCCGCUUAUUGUCAGUUCAUGGACAUGCUCUUUCCAAACUCAGUGCCCGUUAAGCGUGUCAAAUUCCGCACAAAUCUGGAACACGAAUAUAUACAAAACUUUAAAAUCUUGCAAGCGGGCUUCAAAAAGAUGUCCGUUGAUAAGAUAAUUCCCGUUGAUAAGCUUAUUAAGGGACGUUUCCAAGACAAUUUUGAGUUUCUGCAAUGGUUCAAGAAGUUUUUCGAUGCCAAUUAUGAUGGACGUGAUUACGAUCCGUUGGUCGCACGCGCUGGCAUCAAGCUGGGCAACGGCAAUGGCAGCAACAGCAGCAAUGUGGGCAGCGGUGUUGGCAGCAGCACCAAUGAGCUACACACUGUGCAUCGCCAGCAGCGCGCAAUUCAACAGCCACAGCAUCAGCAACAGCAGCAACAGCAGCAGCAGCAGCAGCAUCAGCAACAUCAGCAGCUUUCAGCUGGACGCUUGACAACACGCAGCCAAAUGGCAGUAUCUAAGGUGCCGCCACGAACAAAUAAUGCGACGCCGCCAAACAGAAUGGCAGCAGGCUCGAUUGCCAAGAAAAAUGAUGUGCUUAACUCGGCCAGCAAUCAGCAAGUCGAGGAGCUCUCUAACCAGCUAAUGGACAUGCGCCUCAAUCUGGAAGGUCUGGAAAAGGAGCGCGAUUUCUAUUUCUCUAAGCUACGCGAUAUUGAAAUACUUUGCCAGGAGGCCGAUGAUGGUGAGCCAACUCCACUGAUUCAAAAGAUUUUGGAUAUACUCUAUGCAACUGAGCCUUUGCAGGAUGGUUUUGCACCACCAGAUGAUGCACCACCAGAGGACGAAGAGUACUAAAGUUGGUCGCCAAACGUUCUACGUUGAUUUGUUUGCUGCAUACAUACAUAAUCGAUACAUAACGGCAUACAUUAAAUAAACAAAACAAACUAAUGCUGCGCUGUAAUUUACAACAAAACAAAAUGAGAAAACAACAUAUAUAAAAAAAAACACUAAAACUAACAACUACAACUGGAACCAACCAACGAUAAAUAAUAUACAAGACACUGAUACAUUAAAAAGCGAAAAAGUAUUGUACAACACAUCAUAAAACACAUGCAUACAUUACAAAAAAAAAUUGUACAUUAAUUGUUAACAAAGCGCAACCAAUCAAAACAAAUCAAUUUGAUAUUGCAAUUUGAUAUUGCUGCAUAGCAAUCGUCAGCUGCUGGUUGAACAUUUAAUUGUUAAACAAAAACACACACCUACACAUAAACACACACACACACAUAUACACCAUUAACUGCUCAAUUUUGUUUAAUACAAAAGCUGUGUUAAGUUGCCUUACAAUUUUUUAAGCCUAUUCCCAUGUAUUGAGAAGACUUUUUAUGUUCUGCUAGCUGAGCUGCUAUUGUUAUUCAGCAAAAUUGUAUAACAAAAUUGUUAGUAAAUGAUAUGAAAAAUCACACAUUUAAACCAACAUGAACUAAAAUGUGAACGAAUUGUUAACAAACCUUUUACAAGAUUUACACACAUUAUUUAUAGCAUUGAUUUCUUUUGAUUUGGUUGUUUUCUGUAUUAUACAAAGCAUAAAUAAUGUACGAGAAAAACAAACGAGAAUUUAUAAUUAUUUUUUAUAGUAACUUUCAACUGUUAACUUGUGUCGUUUCUGAAUGUUGUGUGUAGUGAACAGUAGAAGAUGGCACGUUUUGAAUUUAUAAUUUCAAAGUUAAUGCAACAAUAUUUAAUGAUUUGGCGGCACACAGCUGGAUAUAACAUUAUAAAUAUAGUAGUGUUUAAGCCAUUUUUGCUCUCCACUCUUUUUUUUUAGUUUCUAUAUUUAUGUGUAAAAAAUCAGAGCGUUAAAAAAUUCAAAUAAAAACAAG